AUGGUUACCAAACUAAUAACAAAGAAUCCAACACUACAACUUCUUCUCAUCACUCUUACCUUAACCAUAACAAAAACCUCUGCAUCUGUCUUCAACAACGUUACCUGCACAAACACCAAAACAUUCUCACCAAACACCACUUUCCAUUCUAAUCUCAACACCCUUCUCUCUUCCCUCUCUUCCAACGUAAUCAACGAUGUUAGAUUCUUCAACACAACCUCAGGAAACGAUUCAAACAAAGUCUAUGGUCUCUACAUGUGUCGUGGCGAUGUUCCAUUCGCUUUAUGUAGAGAGUGUGUUGGUUUUGCAACGCUUAAAAUUCCUUCUUCAUGUCCUUCUUCAAAAGAAGCUGUUAUCUGGUACAACGAGUGUUUGUUAAGAUAUUCCUAUAGAUUCAUCUUCUCGAAAAUGGAAACAUGGCCUAGGUACAAGAUCGAGAUUCCAAUGGGGGACCCUGGUUUGUUACAGAGUAGAGGCUUUUAUGCUGGUUUGAGAUCUGUUUUGAAUGAACUUCCGAAACAAGCUGCGGUUUCUCUUUCUGGUUUUAACAAAUAUGCUGUUAAGCAAGAAAAUGCUUCUACUAGUGUGACGCUUUAUGGUCUUGCUCAGUGUACGCCGGACUUGUCGGCCGGGGAUUGUAGACGGUGUGUCGAGGCUGCGGUGGAGGAGUUUCCUAAGGCUUGUUGUGGUGGUAGCAUAGGUGAAACUGUUUUGUUUCCGAGUUGUUUUGUUAGGUAUGAGACUUAUCCGUUCUAUCAGCAUUCGGGAACUUCGGCAUCAAUAUCAGCUUCAGAUAAUGGAGGAAGAAAUAUUUCAACACAUGUGAUUGCUAUCAUUGUUGUUUUACUUGUCACUUUGGUGGCAAUUUCUUGCAUUGGCUGCUGUUUGUUAUGGAUAAAAUCGAAGAAGAGACGCAAGGCCAGUGUCCGUGAAAAUCUUGUGCUUGAAUUUAAUAACUCGGAGUCACUAGAAUUCGAUUUCGCUACAAUUGAAAUAGCAACAAACAUGUUUUGUGAAGAUAGCAAAAUAGGCAAAGGUGGAUAUGGACAAGUCUACAAGGGAAUUCUUCCUUGUGGACAAGAAAUAGCUGUGAAGAGACUGUCCAAAACUUCAGGUCAAGGAGCAGAAGAGUUCAAAAAUGAAGUCAUGUUAAUAGCCAAACUUCAACACAGAAAUUUGGUGAGAUUAAUUGGAUUUUGCCUUGAAGAACAAGAAAAGAUACUUAUCUAUGAAUAUGUGCCUAACAAAAGUCUUGACCACUUCCUUUUUGAUUCCAAGAAGCAAAAACCAUUAACUUGGCCCGAACGGUAUAGUAUCAUAAAAGGGAUUGCUCGAGGAAUUCUUUAUCUUCACGAAGAUUCUCGUCUCAAGAUUAUACAUCGUGAUAUUAAACCAAGCAAUGUUCUUCUAGAUAACAAUAUGAUUCCCAAGAUCUCUGAUUUUGGCAUGGCAAGGAUGGUAGAUAUAGAGCAAAUUCAAGGAUACACAAAUAGAGUUGUAGGCACAUACGGUUACAUGUCUCCAGAAUAUGCAAUGCACGGACAAUUUUCAGUGAAGUCCGAUGUUUUUAGUUUUGGAGUUAUGGUUCUCGAGAUUAUCAGCGGAAAAAAGAAUUCUUGUACAUUUGAAUCAUGUCGUAUUGACGAUCUCUUGAGUUAUGCUUGGAACCAAUGGAAAGGUGAAUCACCAUUUGAGAUGUUGGAUCCAAUAAUGCAAGAAUCUUAUGCUCCAAAUGAAGUAGAAAAGUGUGUGCAAAUUGGUUUAUUAUGUGUCCAAGAAAACCCAGAUGAUAGGCCUACAAUGGGAACAAUAGUUUCAUAUCUUAAUAAUGUCUCAAUCGAUAUGCCAUUUCCUAUGGAACCAGCAUUUUUCAUGCAUGGCAGAACAAGAAGAAAUUCAGCUGAACAUCAAUCAUAUUCAGAAUUUACACUAAAACAAUAUUGGAAUGAGCUGAUGGAGUAG